CAGCAACAGCAACAACCAGCAGCGCGCAUAGCCAUCCAGCCAGCGCCGGCUAGGAAGUCCCUUCCCAACUCCAGUCUUGCUACUGCUGCUGGUAGUCACCACGCUGUUCCUUCUGCUGCUGCCUCUUCUCCUCCGGUCGAUAAAAUGUCCAUGGCGUCGGUCAUCUCGCCGAUGCCGGGGCCACCCGCGGCAAAGGCCCCAAUCUCUAUGACAAGCAAGGAAUGGGUCAUUCCCCCAAGGCCCAAGCCAGGCAGGAAACCAGCCACUGAUACGCCACCGACCAAGAGGAAGGCCCAGAACCGCGCUGCACAGAGGGCAUUCAGGGAGAGGAGGGCUGCGCGUGUGGGUGAGCUGGAGGAGCAGCUCGAGGCCGAGAAGGAGGAGCACGAGUCAUCCCAGCGUGCGCUCCAGGAGAAGGUCCACCGCCUCGAGAUGGACGCACAGGCACUGCAGUCACGGUGCGAGGUUCUGGAGAACAUGCUGGACAAGGAGCGGGCAGAACGGUCCAAGGAGGUCGAGGCCCUCAAGGCGCGGCUGCAGCAAGCGACUGCCCAGGCUCAGCAGCACCCACGACAGCAGAGCCUCCCGUCCUUGGCAUCUGUGCCACCGCACACCUUUGCGCCACAGCCGCUCAGACACCACCGCCCUUCUGCACCCUCUCGGUCCCACGGUGGAAGGGCCAGCACAUCAAGUCUCACCAGGCUGACGCCCAACGCGACCCACCGCCCUGCGACAACGCACUCGUUCUCCAUCUCACAGAUCAUCAGCCCGCCCGAGGACAUCGAGCAGGCCCCUACCGGGUGCGGAAACUGCGAGCCCACUGGACCUUGUGCGUGUGCCGAGGAAGCCAUGACCAGCGUUAACGUCGGCUGUGGUAAUUGUACACUCGGCUCUCGCUGCCAGUGCCUCGAGGAGGUGCUGAAUGGUGAGCAUACUCACAGCAACAGCAACAGCGAGCCAGGGUCCAGGAUGAACUCCCUGAGCGGGACCAAGCCUACAGCAAGCAGGACGGCGAAGCGGACUAUGCGCUCCAUCUCACCCAGCUCUAUGGCCCCUGAAGAGAAGCGACCGCGUGGCUCGCUGACACUCGCCACCGAGACGGAUUUCACGGCCAUGUUCUCCCGCAAGGCACAGCAUGUCACCACGUCCAUGUCACAGCCGCAGCUGCCCACGCCCGCGGCAAUCAACCCCGCAGCGAAUCACCAGAUGACCGGUGCUGCACCUACCCCUUACUCUCUGGCCACCCUCGCCCCGAUGGAGCCACAAGCUGUCGAAUCUCCUCGUCCAGAGGACCGCUGUGGGUUUUGUGAGGACGGGACCUACUGUGUUUGUGCCGAGGCUGCCGCCGCCGCCGCCGCCGCCGCCAACAAUGCCGCCGACACAGCACCGACAGAAUCGUUGACGCUGCCGGCGAUCCACUCGUCUACCUUCUCCGUCUCACGACCUGGUCAGCAGACUCGUACCCCUCCGCCGUCCGAGGGUGACGCCAUUGGAUACGAGAUACUGCCAGACGGUUCGGUCAAAUUGCCCAGUCUCAAAGGCCUCCAUGCUCGCAAUAAGGCUAUGGCCGAUAGCAACACGCUGCCCAGGCCUUCAGGCGGCGGAUGUGGUUCCGGUGGACCGGGCACUUGCGCGCAGUGCCUUGCUGACCCCAAAUCUGGGCUCUUCUGUCGAUCUCUCGCCGCCAACUUUAAGAAGAAUGGCGAGUCUAGCGGUGGGUGUUGCGGCGGAGGUGGCGCUGGUGGGUGCUGCAAGGACAGAAACAACACCAGUGCCAAUGCCGACAAGCCAGGCAUUGGUCUCAGCCUGUCUUGUGCUGACGCCUACAAGACGCUAUCGAGCCACAAGCACUUUAGUGAGGCUGCGGAUGAUAUCAACACGUGGCUGCCUCUCUUGAGAGCGGCCCCCAAGCCGAGGGAGCCUGCCCUUGGCAAGGACGGGAGCAGCAGAACGCCUAUUGAGGUUGAGGCUGCUAGCAUCAUGAGUGUACUCAAGGGCUUCGAUGUCAGAUUCGGCAGAGGGGAGUAA